UUCACUGCAGCCCAGAAAAAUCUUCUAGAAUUUUCCUCCUCUGUAAUCCAAAAAGGUGGUUUUCUCUCCGUCUCCACUGGAGACACUGUUACUUUAGAAUGUUCUUAUAUGGGUGCAGAUUUAACAUGGAUCUUCUGGUACAAGCAAACACUGGGACAAAGACCUGAACCCAUCUCUAGUUUCUAUGCUUAUGGGUCAAUAUUGACCUUUUUUGAUCAAUUCAACAAUCCACGCUUUAGUCUGGACACAAAAAACCAAAAUCAUUGUUUGACGAUUUCAGAUCUGCAAUUUUCAGACUCAGCUACUUACUACUGUGCAGCACGACAUGGAAAUGUUCUUAAAUUUACAGAGGGUGUUACAGUCAGUGUGAAAGGUCCAGGUGUAACCAUGAAGACUUCAGUGGAUCAGUCGUCCUCUGAGAACAUCCAUGCAGGAGACUCUGUGACUCUGAACUGUACAGUACACACUGGGAGCUGUGAUGGAGAACACAGAGUUUACUGGUUCAAAGUCUCUGAAGACUCUCAUCCAGGACUCAUUUACACUGAUGGAGGCAGAAAUGAUCAGUGUGAGAGAAACAACAACACACAAACACACAGUUGUGUCUAUGAACUGUCUAUGAAGAACCUGAAUGAGUCUCAUGCUGGGAUCUACUACUGUGCUGUUGUCUCAUGUGGACACAUACUGUUUGGAAACGGGACCAAACUGAACCUCACAGACUCUGCAGCUCCACUGAACUCUGUGAUUCUUCACACUUUGGUGGGAUUAUUGACCAUCAUGAUCGUCCUCGUUGUUUUUCUGCUUUUCCUGCUGUGGAAGAUGAACAAGAGAAACAAAUGCACCUCCACAGAUGAAAGAUCACCUGCUGCCCCAUUAAGUAGCAUAGAGACUGAGAACAAAGACACAGAAAGUCUCCAUUACGCUGCUUUAAAUGUUAAGAGGUCCAAGAAAUCAAGAAGACAGAAGAACAACUCCAACACAGACUGUGUUUAUGCCGGUGUGAGACAACAGAACUGAACCUCUUAGUCAGGAAAGAGACUAUAUUUUUUACUUAAAAUAGAAUAAAAAUAAAUAAAUAAAUUUUGUUUGAUUUCUAGUUAAAGUGGAGACACCUAAAGUAAGAAGGCAAAUUUAUGGUUUUCCGAAGUUUUGUAUUUUCAUUUGAAUGUUUUACUCUAAUUUAACUAAUUUUAUUUAGAAAUGUUUAAUCCUUUGUUGCAACAGUUUAAGAAGAUUUAUUUUAGAUUUUAUCUAAUCUGGGCUCAUAAACUCCAGUCGCGUUUGAAAUAGACCAGUUUGCUUUUCUGAGGCAGAAAGUGACAGAAAGGGAGCAGAAUAAAUUAUGUUUUUGAAAACUUUAAUAUUGAAUAAACUUAUAUGUCAUAGCAGAACAACACAUUUUAUUUAAAACACCCUCAUAUAUAGCUGUAUUGCUGUUUCUGUGAAAUAAAGACUGUUUAUUUUAACAAAAUUCUGCUCCUUCAUUAACCUGUUGGGAUGUUUUACAUCUUUAAGUCUUUUCAACGUCUUUUUCAAACUCUUUCAUAUACUCAUUUCAUUUAUGUACUGUUAUUUUAUGACUAAGACAAUCUGGUAUUUUUUGGUAAGAUCUGGACUAAAAUGCAUUUUUUCAGUUAAAAAAAAAGCUUUAUAUAACAUAUUUUGUUUUCUUUUUUUGCAGUAAUUUCAGUCCAACAUAAAGCGAGGUUUAAACAAUAAAGUUGAUUGAAACUAAAUACUGCUUCCUUGUGCUUUUAUAUAUAUAUUAAAAAUUCAAUAGCUGAUAGUAACUUGGAAAAAAGUGAAAAAAAAAAACUUAACCUUAGCGGCUGGGUGGCUCAGUGGGCUAGG